AUGCUGCGGGGCCGGAUCCUCGUGGGACACUCGCUGCACAACGACUUGAAGGUCCUCUUCCUUGAUCACCCGAGAAAGAAGGUUCGGGACACACAGAAAUACAAGCCUUCCCAGCGGCAGGUGCAGAGCGGAAGGCCGUCUCUGAAGCUGCUGGCCGAGAGGGUCCUGGGCGUGCGGGUGCAGCAGGCGGAGCACUGCUCGAUCCAGGAUGCCCAGGCCGCAAUGAGGCUCUGCGUCACGGUGAAGAAGGAGUGGGAGCGCGCGGUCCAGGACAGGCGCCCCGCCACGGCCGCCGCUCCAGACGACGCGUAG